AUGAAAGAAAAUCUCGAAUGCGUUAACAACAUCGAAUUAGCUGAAACUGAAAAAGAAAAAAAACAAAAACAAAAAGAAAAAAAGAAAGAAAAACAGAAGGAGAAGCAGAAACAAAGGGAUAAACAGACGGAUAAGCAGACGGAUAAGCAGAAGGACAAACCGACGGAUAAACAGACGGAUAAACAGCCGCUUAAGCAGCCGGAGGGAAAAGCAAAAAAUGAUGAUUUGAGCCCCAAUGACGAAAGUGGGGCACCCAAAAAAUGCGAGCCUGCGAAGAAUGGUAAGCCGGGCAAUAAGGGAACCAAGUUGAAAAAUAAAAAAAACGUCCACAAGGAGAGUCGCACGAAUGGUGGCGAUGAGGACGACGGAGACGACGAUAAUGAGAGGAACAGCGGCAGUAACAGUGCCAACAGUAGUGGAAGCAACCGUGGCAGCAACGAAGUCGGUAGGUGUGAACUAAUCGAGAAGAGCAACACGUUCACCGUGGUGGGGAAAGGGAAGAGAGAACCAAAGAGUAGGUCUGACGACGGGAAAGAAUCCAAGGGGAGUAGCACGUGCGGGGGAGCCACCCCAAGUGGGACAGGUAGCGGAACGGGUAGCGGCAUAGGAAGCGGUACAGGUAGCGGUACAGGAAGCGCAAUCGGAAGCUCCAAAGGUGUGCAGAAGGCAAAUGCGCAUGGCGGAAAGGCAGGGAAAAAAAAAAAAGAAAUGAACAAGGAAAAUCAAAAAGGUAACAACAAAAAAAACGCACCCGAGAAAAAAAACGGAACGACGAAUGCCCCAAACACAAACAGCAACGAACUUGCGAAGGAUAAAAUAAAUGUGCACAAGAAAGGUGCCAAGGAGACCAAUGGUAAUGAAAACGGCAUACAUAGCAACAGCGUCGCAGAAGGAAAGACAACGAUUAGUAGCGCCACAAAUGGAGAGAACAGCGGGAAGAAAAAAAACGCCACGGAGCAAAAGAACAAGGCGAAUUCUAAAAAGGGCGCGAAGAAGAACAAGCAGAAGAACGAGAACUACCUGCAGAAUACCUGGGUGUUUUUAUUCGACAAGGAGAACAGGAAGUACUACGAGCAGUACGUCAACGGGCUGGUCUCCCUGGAAACGUUUAACACGAUUGAGAAGUUUUACAAGAACUACAAGUACAUGAAAUCCCCGUCGUCCAUUAAGGAGUACUACAACAUCUACCUGUUUAAGCACAACUACAAGCCCAUUUACGAGGAAUACUCGAACGGAUUCAUUUGCAUCAUAAAAAACGACCACUGCUUUAGGGACAACGUUGCCGAUUUGAUUUGGGAGAAAAUGGUCCUCCUGGCCAUCGGAGAAGAAUUCAAUUUGGUCGACUUGUCAGGGAUACAACUGUGUAUAAGGGAAAACGAAAUUUUCUUCAAAAUCUGGAUGAAGAACUACUCGAACUAUAUAAAGAACAUCCUAACGAAACGAGUGAACGAGUUGCUGGACCUGCCACCGAACACCUCCAUCAUAACGAAGAUUCUCUCCAAUGUAUACUACAACAGGAAGAACGCCAAUUUGAAGGACAAAAAUGAGAAAGGGAAGAAGCCGUACAACAAGAAUAACAAGCCCGUUGAGUACCCGCCCUCAAGGAAGGACUUCUUCAAACUGAAGAACUACGGGGCGGUGUUAGCGCCCCCCAACUACGGCAUAGGUAGGGGUUGUGGACGUGCGAGUGUAGACCUACGAGUGUGACCAGGCACAUCGCCGCCGCUUAACAGGCAUAUCGCCGCCGCUUAACAGGCACCUCUCAUCUUCUCCCCUUUUUUUGCCGCCCAAACACCCAGGGAACUACAACUUCUACAAGAACAACCUCGACAUGAACCUGUUCUACCUGUACAACCAGCAAGGCAUCCCGAACCCUCCCUAUUUGUAUUACCCCCUGAAUAUGUACCACCAGCACUACAGUAAUGGGUACCCCGAUUUUAUGUAUGAGUAUAAUUUGGGGUACCCCAUGGAAGGCUUUAAUAACAAUUCGAUAGACAACGAAAUGCAUGCAGAAAAUAAUUUUGGCUGUAAUCAGCUAAACGGAGUAGCCAGUGGAGAGAAAAAAAAUAAAUUCGAUUACGUAACGAAGAACAAGGAGUAUAAGAAGCAUUUUGCCUAUUCGAGCAACACGAAUGAGAAUUUUGAAGACAGCAAAAGUAGCACGUGCAUAUAGGUCCCUUCGCGGAGUAUAGCCCGCACGAUGUCAGUUUGAUCACGGUGAUGGAAGAAGCAGUUGAAAAGGAAAGAUUGCACCCAACGGACGCGCACAACCGUCUUGGC